AUGCUUCACACCGCGAAACCCACGGGAUUGCUCAAGCGCGAUCGUAUCUUCGAGGUGAGCUUCAGCGACUACGUCAACACCAUCAACGGACUCUUCAACUUCCUCGAAGUGUGCGGGGGCUUCGUGGUCUUCCUGAUGAUGGAUCAGACCCACACGCGGUCAGAGAGCCUCUUGAAGGCCUCUUCGUACACCUUCUUCUACAACGGCUUAUUCAUGCUACUGUCGAGCAUACUGAGCGCCACCUCGGCCUACUACCUGCCUGGGCUGUUCUACUACGUGAUAUACGAAGGCACAGGUGCCGUCCUCUACAUAUUCAACUGCCUCAUGAUCGUCCGAGAAUCGCAUGACACAGGCUUGACUCCGAUGGUGGGCCUGAUGACGGGCGGCAUGCACGCCUUCCACUGCGCCUACUCGACGUACAAGAACUACUACGAGUAACAACUACGACAAAGCGAUGCGCGACGAAACGUCCCAUUGUCUCGGCGCGAUUUCAUCGUUGCAAUGCAUAAUCGCGAUUAAACAAAAUCGGCAGAUUCCUCGUA